GUUAGACAUAGCAUCUCAAAUAUUCUCCCCUCUCACAUUUUCUAGCACGUAAAAAUGAAGUCUAAUAGUGACACCACCACUGCAACCACCAUUACUUCUUCACCAUCUUCUCGGUCCGUCUCGCCGUCCUCUUCCUCUCCUCCUAACUCUCCACCUUCGCCGCAAGUGUAUGUGGUCGUCAGCCCAUGUGCGGCCUGCAAAAUCUUGCGGCGAAGGUGCGCGGAGAAAUGUGUGUUGGCUCCUUAUUUUCCUCCCAAUGAUCCCAUCAAAUUCACUACUGCUCAUCGCGUCUUUGGUGCGAGCAAUAUUAUCAAGUUCUUGCAGGAAUUACCGGAGUUUCAAAGAGCAGAUGCUGUGAGUAGUAUGGUGUAUGAGGCCAAUGCUAGGUUGAGGGAUCCUGUCUAUGGUUGUGCAGGAGCAAUAUGUCAACUACAAAAGCAAGUGAAUGAGCUCCAAGUACAAUUGGCAAAGGCACAAGCUGAAAUUGUCAACAUGCAAUGCGAACAAGCUAACUUUAUAACACUUUUUUGCAUGGAAAUGACACAAUCUCCACAACCAUCAUCACCACAACAAUCCUUGGACAAUUUCACUAAUAUCCCACAAUAUGGAAGUUCACAAAGCAACAUGAGCUUCCUAGAUGACAACAAUUAUGGAUCUAUAUGGGAGACUCUUUGGACAUGAUUAAUGGAACAUGUAACAUGCAUGUUCAUCUAAUUAAUAACUCAUAGAGGAUUUUCACCAAGUUAAUGUUAUGGAAUUCACCCAAAAUAAAAUUGAUGCAACUUAUAAUUUUAGUGGAAGGAAAUUUAACUAAAAUGUAAUAUAGUAUGAACCAAAUCUUGAAUAGAUUUGAGUCUUAAGAUAAUUUUCAUGAUUUUUCUAAUUGUUUUGAUAAAGCAAAUGAAGUUGACGGGCCUUGUUUCCCGCCAUAUAUAUAGUUUAUUUUCUUCUGCUA